GCAGCAUCCACCGUCUUCCCUAAGUUUCUUCCUGUGCAAAAGAAAGGAGUCUGCAAAUGGCGGGAGAGAUCAAGGUGGGGCUGUGGGGUGGCAACGGAGGGUCUGAAUGGGACAUGGGGGCUGCCGACCGCAUCACCGAAAUCAAGAUUGGCGCCGUAGAGGCCAUCGACGCCAUCGUGAUCACCUUCAUCCGUAAUGAUCAGACGGAGACCAAGCACUUCGGCAGCAUCGAUUUCAAACCCUACGUGAUUUCUCUGCAAGAGGACGAGUAUCUUGUGGGCGUCGAGGGGUCUGUGGAUACGAUGUGGGGAUUAACUCUGGUGAGGAACCUGACGCUGAGGACCAACAAGGACAGCUAUGGACCUUUCGGCUCCAGUGGCGGAAUACCUUUCUCUGUUCCGCUAGUCUCGGGUAAGAUCAUUGGCUUCUUUGGACGUGCGGGCGAAAUGAUUGAGGCCAUCGGAGUUUACCUGGCACCGAACUAGACCCCUUGGACUGAUACUGCUGCUUCAAUAAAUGAGUCUUGCUAAUACUUGGACUCCAUAAUAAAUGAACUGAAAUGAACUGUUACUGUCAUCGUACUCCCUCCGUCUCCUCCUUGUAGUCAAAGUUGGAGGUUAUCAUGAAUAAAAUAAAUAAAGGUCCAGUUUGAAUAAAAUAAAUAAA